CACUUCUUGCCCCCCCCCAUGCUGAGCUCGCCCGGGCUGUGCCCGGAUUACCGGCGCUAAGCUCCUUCCCGCGGCUGCUCUGUCCUCCGCGCCGGCGGGCGAGCGGCUCCCUGAGCGCGGGGGGCAUGGGGGCCGCGGGGGAGCCUCGGGGACCCUGAUGCCGCCUGUCCCCUGCGUCCCCCCACGUGGCGGAGGUUCGGGUGGCUCCGGGCCAGGGCACGGGGGGGGGAGCUUGGCGAUGGCCCUGCCGGGGGGCGCCGUGCCGCGGCACCUGCUGCAGUCCCCCCCCGAGGAGGACGGGGUGCUCUACGUGGAGUACAAGCCCCCCGCCCUGGACAGCAUCCGCCUGCCCCGCUACGUCGUCUACCUGGUGAUGGCGGCCAGCCUGGUGCUGGUGGUGGCGUACGCCAUCGUGGGCCACCUCAUCAAGGACCUGGUGCACGACUUCGCCGAUUGGGCGUUCGGGCCCAAGCCGGAGGAGGAGAAGGCGGUGAUGGGCGAGGGCGGCGUGCUGGAGGUGGAGUGGCCGGAGGAGGACGGGGCGCUGCCGGAGGAGAGGCCGCAGGGCGAAGGCGCCGGCGCGCUGCCCGGCAUGGACAUCCCGCUGGGGCUGCUCUCCGCCGCCCCGCGCGGCUCCAUCUCCUUCGCCGACCCCCACAAGAAGAGGCAUCGUCUCCAAGCAGUGGCAGCCCUGGCUCGUUGGCCUCACGGCCGUCGUCGUCUUCCUCUUCAUCGUCUUCGUGGCGCUGCUCGCCAACCGCUUCUGGCAGCUCAGGAUGCGCAGGAAGCGCGGAGCCCCCGAGGAGCCGCAGGCGAUCGGCAGGCUGGAGAAAGCCGUCUACAGCAACGCGGCGGCCGACAGGGACAGCGACGACGAGUGGGAGCGCCACAAGGCCACGUCGCUGUGACACGCGUGGGCCGCGCUCCGGCCCGCCCGAGACCGCAACUCCACGCCGGGUUUUGCGGGGCGCCGAGCGCCGAACGGCCCCGGCUGACGGCAAAGCCCGGCCUGGACGCCGGCCCCGCGGGAAUGGAUACGGGACGCCACCCCCCCCCCCCCCCCACGGCAGCCCGCGGGACCCGCGUGGGGGCCGCGUGA